AUGAAAAGUCUUGAAAAUGAGAGUUUUAUUAUAUAUAAUGAGACCGCUAUUCCAAGUGGUACAGCACAAAAGAAUCCCAAUAGUUCGCUGUCAUAUAUUGGAAAGAUGAAGAGGGUUAUUGACAUAUUUCCUCGAUUCACCCGCUCGUAUGCCGUUAAGCUUGCGAAGACCAUUAGUGUCAAUGGGAAGACAUUUGAAACGUCGGAAAGCCACACAAACGUCACACCGUCCAUUAUUGCAUUGACAAGUCGUUCUCUUCAUUUAAAUGAGUCACAUCCAGUUGGUAUACUUCGUUCUAUGAUUGAAAAGAAACUGAAUUCAAUUGAUGGUGCAUAUAAGACAUAUAACGAGUUUGAACCAGUGGUGACUGUGGAAGAAAACUUCGACUCACUGGGGUUUCCCGUGGAUCAUCCGGGUAGAUCGAAGUCUGAUACAUAUUAUAUCAAUAGCAAGCAUUUGUUAAGGACGCAUACUUCUGCUCAUGAAAUGGAAUGCUUUGGGAAUAUUAAAAAUAAAAUCACAGACAAGCCUGGGUUUUUAAUAUCUGCAGAUGUAUACAGACGUGAUGAAAUAGACAGGACACAUUACCCAGCCUUCCAUCAAAUGGAAGGUGCCCGUUUAUGGGUUAGGGACAAAAACUUGACAUCUGAAGGGGUAGGUAAGCACAUCUUACAGAUUAGAGAGGAUGUUGCAAAUUUGGAACAACAAUUGCAGGCGGAAAAAACAAGACUUAUUGUUCAAGAUGAUGCUUCAUUGGAAGGCAAUCCAAAGCAGGACUACAUGACCGAUUUAGAAGUGGAACUGUGUACGCGUCAUUUAAAAAGAAGUAUCGAGCUCGUGGUUGCACAAGUCUUCAACAAGAAACUUGAGAGUCUGGGCGACGUAAAGCAGGAGCUGAAGGUACGUUGGAUAAAAGCCUAUUUCCCAUGGACUGCGCCAUCUUGGGAAAUUGAAGUCUGGUGGAAAGGAGAAUGGUUAGAACUAUGUGGAUGCGGUCUUGUACGGGAGCAAGUUUAUUUGAAUGCUGGUUACGAACCAGGAACUACUAUCGGUUGGGCGUUUGGCUUGGGAUUAGAUCGCAUAGCUAUGCUGCUUUUCGAAGUUCUGGAUAUAAGACUCUUCUGGACCACAGACCCAAGAUUUAAAAACCAAUUCAAACCGGGUGAAGUCACUUCCUUUAAGUCUUAUUCAAAAUACCCGGGUACCGUUAGAGAUAUCGCUUUCUGGCUUCCAGAUGAUGAACCAAGACUGCCUGCGAUACAUGAAAACGAUUUGAUGGAAAUUGUCCGGAACACAGCUGGUGAUCUGGUGGAAAGCGUCAAAUUAAUUGACACAUUUGUACAUCCAAAGACCGGCCGCAAGUCCUUGUGUUAUCGGGUAAAUUACCAAUCUAUGGACAGAAAUGUCACGAAUGAAGAGAUUAACACAUUUCAAGAAAAAGUGAGGACUGAUCUAGCAGCAUUGUAUGGAGUGGAACUCAGGUAG